AACACACUCAUAUUUAGAGCUCGAAAGCUCGGAAAACACCAGUUUUCCGAGUUACACGUGAAAGCAGCAUUUAAAUUGUUCCUCUAUGAUGUUGUUUUGAUUGCAGUGCAUCUGUGUGCUUAAGGAAGACUGCAGAACCUUUUCAGCCUGUGAUGCUUACCUGUGUAAGCUCACCUGGCAGCAGUCCAGGCCAGGAAACACAGGUGGAAAAGCCUGCCUGUUGUCUUCUGUAUUUCUCUGUGGCCUUACCUACAUCACAUCAGGGCCUCUUCACUGCAAAAAGUGAACCCUCCGCUCAAACUGGGUCAAAAAAAAAAAAAGAGGAAGAAGGCUUUUGAUGAUUUGUUCUUCAGGCCAACCAGCUGACCUCUGCGGCUACACACACUUCUUCUUCUUCACCUGAUGUUUCCACAACUUCAGGUCUCACAGAGCCAGCAUCGAGUGUAGCAGCUGGGAUCAUUCGCCCAUGUGGAAGACUUCACAGCGAGGGAUUCCUCCCAGACGGAAACUGCUGUGCUUUUGAAGGAAAGCUCCUCUGCUGGACAUGAACUGACCUUUACACCAAACGCAUGUCUUCUCCGUCUGAGGACCGAAACCCACCUUUAAUCUGACCCUUGAUCUAUCUCUCUUUGAAACUCUUGUUUCCAAUUUCGCCCCCUCAUCUCUUUAUUUUAUCUAUUUUUCCUUCUAUACCUUCUUGCUUAUUUUCCCCCAGUUGUCUCUCCUCGUCUCUGUUUGUCUCUCCUUGUGUUUCUGGGGUUUCUGCCCACUUCCUUGCUGCCAAACUGGAUUUCCUGCAGAUGAAGCAUCUGAAGAGGAAGAGGAAGAGCAACUACAGCGUGAGAGAAACACAGACUCUCAUCAGGGAGAUCCACAAGAGGAGGGACGUGUUGUUCUCCAGACAGCAGAACACGGCCAUUAAUGAGCUGAAGAGACAGGCAUGGGAGGAGGUGGCGCGAGGUGUCAACUCACUGGGGGAGGGAGAGCUGCGCACCGCUGCUGAAGUGAAGCGUCGUUACCUGGACUGGCGGGCCCUGAUGAAGAGAAAACAGCUUCAGGCCGAGCUCUCUUUCUCCUCCUCCUCCUCUUCGUCUGUGGCCCUGAAGACUGAGUAUGAGCAGUCGUCUCCUGAGCCCGAGGCAGCUUCUCUGGGUUCCGAGUGUGACCAGCUGCUUGACCUCUCAGGCCUCCCGAAAGACUGUCACUGCGACUGGCCGGAGCUGCCGGCCGUCGGUGAGCUGAGCGGGCAGGCCAUGAUGGCGCCGCCGAGUGUGAAAACGGAGGACGACAUGGGUGAAUACAGACUGGAUGCCGAUGGCGACGUGGGAGACGGAGAAAUAGAUGAGGACGACUUCCCCUCCCUGCUCAGCGACAUUGAGUCCCGUGGCGAGGGGCACAUUGGGGAUGUUUACUCCCACGACGACCUGCUCAGCUCCUCCAAGGCACCGACCUCCACCUUCACCAGAGACCUGCCGCUCGCUGGAGGCCUGAUGGCGAUACCGGGCGGACUAAACAAUCACGACAACAUGGGGCCGGGGUUCCUGGUGGCUGCUGAGAAACAGCGACUGGAGCUGGAGAAACAGCGUCUGGCUGUGGAAACGGAACGCCUGGUGGUGGAGAAGGAUCGUCUGGCGGUGGAGAAGGAGCGACUCCGUUACAUGGAGGUGGAGAGGGAACGACUGCAGCUGGACAGAGAGAGGCUGCAGGUGGAGAGGGAGAGACUGAGGCUUCAGCUCCUCAGCCAAUCGGAGCACGUCGACUCCUCCUUUAACCUGCCGCCACAACAAGGCCCGCCCUCGUCCUCCACGCCCUCCUUGUCCUCCACCCACGACGGGCAGAGGGAGAGGGAGAGGGAAGGUAAAGGCUGGAUGUCGGUGGUGGAUCUGGAGACCGAAAAGCUGAAGCUGGAGAAGGAGAGGCUGCUGCUGGAGAAGGAGAGGCUGCAGUUCUUUAAAUUCGAGGCGGGCAGACUGCAGAUUGAGAGAGAGCGCCUCCAAGUGGAGAAGGAGAGAAUGCAGCUACACAAAGAUCAUCAGAGCCAUUGAGGGACGAACUCAAAAGAGAGAGAAGCAGUAAGAAAGUGAUAAAUACAUUAAGACUCUCACCAGCUCCCAGUGGAACAUUUAACUCUGAAAACAUCCUGGAUUAAGAGAAUUCGCAUCAGCAGCUGCUCCCUUAUCAACUUUACCACACACGUGUCCUUUGGGAAGGUGUGAGGCACUUUAAUGAUCACUGGGAUUUUGCCAAGGAGGAGACUGGAGAUGGAGGGCUGGCAUGUUUAUGACCGUCAUGAUAAAGCAGUGCCUUAUGAUGUCUUCAUAAAACGCGCAAAGGGACAAAAAAAAAAAAAAGAUGCGAUGAUAAAAUCCAGGAUUUGCCUGGCACGCGCAGCCCUGUACACCUUCUGAUUUACAACGUGACAAGUUGUAACAUCUGCUCAGUGCCACGUCUAAUGCACCAAAUGUGCAGUGUACGGGACAUUAAAUGCUGGAGUGCGAACGCAACACGUUCGACUCUUGUGUAGAAAUGUGGGAAAGAAGGAUGGAAUCAUCACGAUGUCUUACUCUGCAUUUAUGCACCAAACAGUGCCAGUUAAUCCACUGCAUGGGUGCUUAACUAUGUAUUUAUGAAAAAAAACAGAAGCUCUCACAACAGUGACAAGUACACAGAGAUGUGUGUGUUAUCUAAUUUUUCCUGUUAAGUGCUCGUGUGGAAAUAUAGUUUGUAAUGCUUUUGACUUUUUACAUUCAAUUUUGACAUUUCGACUUGUCCCAGCGAGCCAGCCUGCACAACACCAGGGCCACCAAACUCAUUUCUUCGUUUUAUUGUCCACACCUGUGCUCUCCCAGCAGUGACAAGUUACAAUAUCUGAAAAAAAAAGAUGAAAAUAUUAGUUGGUAUGUCAGUAAAUAAAUGUACAAAGUCACAAGCAUUACCAUGUAAAUGAUAUUUUGCGACGUGGAAAAACUUGGAAAAGAGCCUGAGCGUCUGCGAUCUGCAGCUGCCGGAGGUUUGGUGUGCAUGCCAGAAAAAUUAAAGAGAAAUACUACUUUUAAUGGUUUUCUUUCAGUGUCUAUUUUAAAUCCUGUUGUACUGAGAAAUAUACUGUGAAAACGUUGCCGGCUACUGUUCUGUAUGAAAACACGUUGCUGCCAUGCCAGAAAAAGAAAAAUGCAUCGUAAGAUUUCAAGGUUAUUUUCAUGUUAUUACGAAAUACAAACUGAUCAUCCUGUGACUAGAAACUUGUCUUGUUAUAACAUGAAUCUUACAACACAAGAUGUUUUAUGUUGUCACAAGGUAUUUUUCGUCAUAUUAUCGUAUUAUAAUUUAAAAUGUUUCAUGUGAUAACUUCUCAUUGCCUCUAAGGGAGAAUAUCACAUCACGCCAAUUCUGACUUCUCUCCAUCAGCUACCUGUCUGAUAGAGAAUCCAUUUUAGGAUUUUACUGGUAACUUUUCACCCGAGUCUUGCCCCAAGAUAGCAGAAAUAUUGACCCCAUGUGAGCCUCUUUGCAGCAUUGGCUCUUCUGGUUGUUCCCAAGUUAAGGCUUGAAUCUGAAGGUGACUGUGCUUUUGCCAGCAGGGCUCACAAAUUUUGUCACUUUUUAAAAGUCACUUCUUAAAACCCACAUUUAUAGACUUAUUUUUAUGCGACGUCCUCUUCUUUACUCCUUUUAAUCUUUCCACUGUUCUUAAUCUUUUUUACCUGUUUCUAAUUCCUCUGAUAAGAUGUCGUCUUCUUAUUUUCCUUUUUUCCCCUUUUAUUUGUAUUGCUUAUAUGUGACUUUAGACUUUUCAUGUGGCCAUUUUGUUUUGCAUUCUUGUUUUAAAUCCUCCUCCUGUUUGGCUUGACCGCCAGGUGUUUAUUUUGUUUUGCUGAUUUCCCGAGUUUCCUGCUUUUGCUUUGUCUGUCAAAGCACUUUGUGAAUUCAUAACAUUUUAAAGGUGCUACAUGAAUAAAGUUUUUAUGAUCAUGAGGUUAAUAUUGUUGUAACACAAAAAAAGAUUCUUGUGAUGUUGUGAUAAGUUUGCUGUAAUAGCAUGAUCAUUUCUCAUUAAAACAAACAAACAAAAAAAGAUUACAUAAACUGUAAGCUAGUGAGCCAUGGUACAUAUCUAGGGUGUGUGUGUGUGUGUGUUUAAACUUUCACUUAACUCAGCACUCACCAGAGACUCUGGUUCUCUGUCUUAUGUUCCCCUCUUUCCUCUGUAAUGUUGUUUGUGUAGUAAUUAGAAUCAGACAUUCCUUUAUUAGUACCGCAAACAAAGGAAAUCUGUGCAUCACAGCAGCCAAAGGACGGUUCAGUAUAACAGUAAAAUAAUGAUAAUAAUAAUAAUAGUAAAAAAUGAAUGACAUAAUAUAAAGGUAUAAAGAAGAGCAAAAGCAGAAAUGGAGUUAGAACCAUAAAGUACAUUUCCCCUCCAGCUUCGUCAAGAUCACACUUUGUGAACACCCAACAAGAGAGCAGAAUCAGAUGUGACAGCGGGGCCUCAUUUGUCAACAGGUCAUGAAAAUAUAUUUUUUAAAUGGUGAGAAAAUAUCUGGUUUAUGGCGUGGCAGCAAUAUGCUGCUGUAAUUCUGCUGCAUUGUCCAAAAACGAGACAAAUCAAGCACAAAUGUAAUGUAUGUUACUGUGUGUCUAACACAAAUCAACUGUCUGUGUUUUACAUAUUGGUUGUGCUUUCUUACUCUGUCGCUGUGCAUCUGUGGUGGAUAAAAGUUUGUUGAAGAAAACAAAUGUGACUUCCAGACGCAGUUUGUAAUGAUCAGAGCUGAAUAAAAUCUAUGUUACAAC